AUGAUUCUGCAACACAAUAUUUCUGCGCCAAACAUAGUAUCUAUCUAUCUAUCUAUCUAUCUAUCUAUCUAUAUAAAUAUAAAUAAUAUAUACCAAUAUCUAUCUAUCUAUCUAUCUAUCUAUCUAUCUAUCUAUCUAUCUAUCUAUCUAUCUAUCUUCAAUACCAACCACAACAGUUCAUAUGAAAUUAUCAAAAUAGUCAAACAUGUCCUUGCCUAUUAUUUUAUACCUUGCAACUUUUUCCUUUCAGUGAUCUAUCGCAUUUUCCUAACAUUGUUUGGAAAGAAUAUUCCGUCACUUUUAACUUUACUUAAUGUGCUUUAUGGCACUAUCUAUCUAUCUAUCUAUCUAUCUAUCUAUCUAUCUAUCUAUCUAUCUAUCUAUCUAUCUAUCUCUCUCUCUCUAUAUAUAUAUAUAUAUAUAUAUAUAUAUAUAACACCUAGAUGCAUACAUGUAAUCAGCUUUCUAUCUAUCUAUCUAUCUAUCUAUCUAUCUAUCUAUCUAUCUAUAUAUAUAUAUAUAUAUGUAAUUCCAUUUACGCCCAAAAGUUUACCAAGUUGGGAAGAUGGGAGGAUUUUGGAAAAAUCUCUCUUUCUUACCCACCUUCUCUCUCUCUCUCUCUCUCUCUCUCAUGCACACACUCUUUCGCUUUUCUUUCCCAUCUAA